AUGAGUACCUCAGGUUCUAUCAAGUCCUUAAGCUCCAACAUCGAGGACAUUAAUCCCACCUCCUCAAAACCACACAAUGAUACCGCGAUGUCGCGCAUUAAACAAAGUCUCAGACGUACCCGGGAGAAAUGGGGGCCCCUGAUGGCCGCUAAGGAGUACUGGGACGAUGAGUACAAUUUUCCUCCUGGGAGGUAUGCGGGCCAGGACGACCGUCCGAUUAUUUCCGAUAAAUGGUGA